UCAUAAUAUAUAUUUCAAAUACCCAGAUCAAGUAUUAUUUCUCAAAGCUUCAUUGAUAGAUUAUACAUCCACAGGCCUAUAUCCACCUUAUUAAUUCUCUCUCUCUCUCUCUAUCUCUCUUUCUUUUUCGCUGUGUAAUUUAAAGAGCAUAAGAGAAAAUGGGUCUGAGAGACAUAGGGGCAUCACUUCCUCCGGGGUUUCGUUUCUAUCCGAGCGAUGAAGAGUUGGUGUGUCAUUACCUCUACAAGAAGAUCGUGAAUGAGGAAAUUCUCAGGGGUACUUUGAUCGAAAUAGACUUGCAUACAUGCGAGCCAUGGCAGCUUCCAGAGGUGGCGAAGCUCAACGCAAACGAAUGGUACUUCUUCAGCUUCCGAGACCGUAAAUACGCCACAGGAUUUCGGACGAAUAGGGCGACGACAUCUGGAUAUUGGAAAGCGACAGGGAAGGACAGGACCGUGCUGGACCCAAUGACACGCGAGGUGGUAGGGAUGAGGAAGACGUUGGUGUUUUACAGGAACAGAGCCCCCAAUGGUAUGAAAACCGGUUGGAUCAUGCAUGAAUUCCGCUUGGAGACCCCACACAUGCCCCCCAAGGAGGACUGGGUUUUGUGUAGAGUAUUUCACAAAAGCAGAGCAGACAACAGUAGCGCCAAACUCAGCCCACGGGACAUGUUUGAGACCGCACCUUCGUUUACUUUUCCUUGUAAUUCAUCUCCAACGACCAAUCAAACUGAGGCUCCUGGCUUCACCGCUUUCACGUCCAUGCCACCCCCUGAUUACCAAUACCAGAACCAAAACGGCUCUCUAAUGAAUCUCCUUCAGUUUUCUCGGGAAACAAACAUGGCCAGUACGGUCACUCAAAGUAUUCCAAAAGGCGAUCCUAUUGGAUAUGACGAUCAUGGGUUCUUGUGGGACGUGGACAUGGAAGAAAACAGCAACCACCACAAUGGCGUGGCCUCAGUACACCUGGACGGAAUGAGAUUCGACGUUGAUGAUGAUAGUAUGGUUGUGUUAUAAAAUUGUGCGCCGCUGUACAUGUCUGGUUCAUAUCACGCAAAUUACCAAAAAUUGUUUAUUUGUGAAAAAAUGCACAUAUGUGUUCAUUAAGUUUGGCUUUGAGGGAGAGGUCAGAUGCUUGAUUUGAACUUGCAAGAUGUUUUUAAGGUUGUUUCAUACUGUUCAAGUGCUUAGUGUAUUAUGUAUAAGGUCGAUUUGAGAUUCCCCCCCCCCCCUUCCUUCAGUGUAAUUUAGUUAUCCCAUUAGCACCUAUAGAGACCGUCCUUUUAUUUCGAGUGCAUUUAUCAGUAUCAGAAAAAUGCUCACUGUUUUAUUAAUCAUCAUGUACUGUGGUAUUAAUAUGUACGA